AGGAGUUACCUGAACCGAGUUUUGCUCACAAGGAAAAACACAAACACAUCUUAAAAGUUUAACAGAGUUUAAUUAGCAUAUUAUAGUCAUGACUCUCAGAUUAAAACAACAAGUUGACUAAGUAAUUGGUUUUAAUUAAACCAGGACAUUUUGGACACAAGCCGCCUGACUGCGGCAGACAACGGGUGACAUUGAUAUGGAGGAGUCCAGUGACUUGUAUAUUGAGUACGAGACAGAUAGCCCUGCUCCCUGGGCAGAGCACAAACAUCAGUGUCCAGAGGAUCUGGACCAUGGGGAAUGUCUCAGAAGGAAGAUUAAAUAUUACUUUAUGAACCCCUGUGAGAAGUACCACGCUCGAGGCCGAAAACCAUGGAAACUUGUACUGCAGAUUAUCAAAAUUGCUAUAAUUACUAUUCAGUUAGUGUCUUUUGGUCUGAGCAACCAGAUGGUUGUCACGUUCAAGGAGGAAAAUCUGAUGACAUUUAAGCACCUCUUCUUGAAAGAUUAUGUUGUUGGAGGCAUGGAUACAUACGCUGUUUACAGACAGCCUGAUGUUUAUGAUCACAUCAAUUACAUCAUUGAACAGUAUGGACAUCUGCACAACAUCACAGUAGGCAAUUACGAAUAUGAGAAAAACGGUACUUUCUACACCCCCCUGUCAGUGUGUCAGCAGUUCUACAGAAACUGUACCAUCUACCCUAAAAAUGAGACCUUUGAAAUUGAUGCCCAAGUGGAAACUGAGUGCCUUGAAGUGUAUCCGAUGUUUUAUCCAUCAUUGCGGGAAGCAAAUUUUGAAUUGCAUUUCAAAAGGAUGCUCUCUGUCAAGAUCACAUUUGUUCUCAAGGCCAUAAAUUUACAGACCGUGAGACAUCGAGAGCUGCCAGAUUGCUACGACUUUACUGUUAUUAUAACCUUUAACAACCAAGCUCACAGCGGCAUGAUAAAGGUUGACCUGGAAAAUGAUGUCGAUAUCAGCGAAUGCAGAGACUUGAAUGUAAUUGGAGCAUCUGGUCCACACAUAUACCUGACUGUGCUGUUUGACUGCCUCAUCAUUAUCACGUGCAUGACUUCCUGCACCCUCUGCACACGCUCAGUGAUCAAUGGGAUCAAGCUGCAGAUUGAGUACACACACUACUGCAAGAAUGAUUGCAGUAAAAAAGUCCCAUGGUCAGACAAGUUGGAGUUUAACGGUUGGUAUAUUCUGAUCAUUGCUAGCGACACAAUGACUAUCAUUGGCUCCAUUCUCAAGAUACAGAUCCAGUCUAAGGUCCUCACAAGCUACGAUGUCUGCAGCAUCUUCCUUGGGAUCGGCACCAUGUUUGUCUGGAUCGGGGUCAUCCGCUACAUGGGCUACUUUAGGAAGUAUAAUAUUCUCAUCCUGACACUGAGGGCAGCUUUCCCAAAUGUUAUCCGUUUCAUCUGCUGCGCUGGAAUUAUCUACCUGAGUUACUGUUUUUGCGGCUGGAUCGUCCUCGGCCCAUACCAUGAAAAGUUCCGGACAUUGAACACAGUGUCGGAGUGUCUGUUCUCCUUGAUCAACGGAGACGACAUGUUUUCCACCUUUAACAACAUCCAGCAGAAGAGCAGCCUGGUGUGGAUCUUCAGCAAGGUCUACCUCUAUACCUUUGUCUCGCUCUUCAUCUACAUGAUCCUCAGCCUUUUCAUCACAAUCAUCACCGACACCUACGACACCAUCAAGCAGCAACAGCAAAGUGCAACUCCGACAUCAGAGCUGCAGAAAUUCAUCUUGUUGUGUCAAGAUCUGCCUAACUCUGGGGUGUACAGACUCAACGAGAGCAGCAGCUUCUUGAACUGCUGCAUAAAAUGGUGCAGGAAACAUGACGAGACGCUGAUGUCAGAGGCAUAGCCGGCUGCUAAUGUGGAAAUAUCAAAAGGCUUUACACUUUAGUUGCACUGUAUACUGUUAUAUUCAGUAGGGGAGUCUUAAAUUCCCACAAACAUUCCAGUUUUGCUCAGGUGAUUUGAUUUAAUGUGAAGGAGCAGGAAUAAGAAACAAAUAAAUUCAAAACACAGGUGAUGUCAGGUCUCUAUGAUGCAGAUAGCACUUUGUAAAUGCACUUAUUUAUAUAUAGAUGAAAUAAAGUGACACAUUU